AUGGUCUUGGAGGUGACAUGUAUCCAGGGUUUCUGCAGAGACCCUAAAGGUUUCCUCUAUCUCUGGCGGGCCCUCCCCACGCCCACGCGCCCCACGCCCCCGCGCCUCCCACACCCCGCGCCCUCCAACCCCCCAUGCCCACGUCCCCCCGCCCCCAACCCCCGCGCCCUCCCAUCUAUCGCCCUCCCCACGCCCCCCCCAGCCCACGCUCUGACAAGGCUCUCCCCCUGCGGGCCUCCCACGCCUCCCCUUCGCGCCUCCCACGCCCUUCGUGCUCUCCCACACCGCAGGCCUUCCCGGCACCCCGCGCUCUCCCAGCCCCGCGCCUCCCACGCCCACGCGCCUCCCACGCCCCAGGCCUCUCCCACGCCCCGCGCCUCCUACAGCCCUAUAUUCCCCACACCCCUGCGAAGCCUCCCCACUGCCUGGUGCCUCCCACGCCCCGUGCCUCCCGACGCCCUGCCUUCCCACGCCGCCCCU